GUGUGAGAGUUUGAAUGAGUGUGUUUGCUGCCACAGGUGUCACACACUAGACUCUCUGCUUUGGAAUAAAUGAAAAGCUUCACAAUCUGGAUAUUUACAUGAAUUAGCGAUGCCCUGUGUACAAACCCAGUAUGCUUCCCUGCCCCAUGACAACUACUUCAGCUCUGAGUUCUUGAAUCCUGACCUCAGUGCCAAACUGAUGAUGGACAUCAGUGGCCAGAAGGACCAGCUGUCUACAUCGUCGUUGCCCAGCAUCAACACCUUGGUGGGAAAUGGCUACGUGGGGGAGUUUGAUGCCUAUUCCUGCAAGAUUACCACGUCUCCCUCUGCCUCUACCAUUCCCUUCAAUCAUGCCAUGGCAGAUGAAAGCCCCAGCCCUCAGAUGCAGAACCAAGCCUUCAAGCUGGACGACCUCCAGGUGUAUGGCUGUUACCCCGGCUCCUUUGCGUUCAGCUGCCUCGAUGAAACACUGUCGUCGUGUGGCUCAGACUACUAUGGCAGCCCGGUUUAUGCUGCUGCUUCUCCUGCAACACCAGGCUUUCAGACACAGACUGCACCGUCCUGGGAUUCCCCUUUUAGCCCCUACCCACCGGCCCCUCCCUCCUCUGUGGCCGAUAAGGCCCCCAUGGCUCAGCAGCUCUCCUUUUUCACCUUCAGCCCCACGCCGGAACAGCACUCGCCCUUGGGGCAGCAUCAGGAUGCUCCAUCAGGACAGGACGACCCUUUCUUCUUGUCGCACCAGCAGCAUGUCUCUCCACUUCAUUGUCCCCCCAUGUCUCUGGAUCAUGGGCCUCUGGAAAGCCCCAGGAUAGUGGAGGGGACAAUGAUGUCCCCCAAAACCCAGAAUGCAGGAUCCAGUGAGGGGCGCUGUGCAGUCUGUGGUGACAAUGCUUCCUGUCAGCACUACGGAGUCCGCACAUGUGAGGGCUGCAAAGGUUUCUUCAAGCGAACUGUGCAGAAAAAUGCAAAGUAUGUGUGCCUUGCUAACAAAGACUGUCCGGUGGACAAGAGGAGGAGAAACCGCUGCCAGUUCUGCCGUUUCCAGAAAUGUCUCACAGUGGGAAUGGUCAAAGAAGUUGUUCGCACAGACAGCCUCAAAGGCCGCCGGGGUCGUCUGCCAUCCAAACCCAAGACUGUGGCUGAGGCUUCGUCCACAACACCCAGUGUCAACAUCAUAUCCUCGCUCGUCAGGGCUCAUUUAGACUCUAACCCUACCACUGGAAAGCUCGACUACUCCAAAUACCAGGAGAAUGUGGACAACCCCAAAGAAAAGGAGGAUGCUGGAGACGUCCAGCAAUUUUAUGACCUUCUGACUGGUGCUAUGGAUGUGAUCAGAAAAUGGGCUGAAACGAUCCCAGGAUUCACAGACUUCUGCACAGAAGACCAGGAGCUGCUCCUUGAAUCUGCCUUCGUUGAACUCUUCAUACUCCGACUUGCGUACAGGUCAAAUCCAGAGAAGAACAAGUUGAUCUUCUGCAAUGGUGUGGUCCUCCACCGACUGCAGUGCGUUCGCAGUUUUGGGGACUGGAUUGACUCCAUCAUGGAUUUCUCCCUCAGUCUUCACCGCAUGAAAUUAGACGUCUCCUUGUUUUCCUGCCUUGCGGCGCUUGUUGUCAUCACUGAUCGCCAUGGACUCAAGGAGCCCAAACGGGUCGAGGACUUUCAGAGUCAUCUCAUCACUUGUUUAAGGGAACACUUAAGUGGAUCAGAUAUAACCAGGACCCAACCCAACUAUCUUUCUCGUCUUCUGGGCAAACUUCCCGAACUGAGAACUCUGUGCACACAAGGCCUGCAGCGCAUCUUUUACCUGAAACUGGAGGACUUGGUCCCUCCUCCACCAAUUGUGGAGAAAAUCUUUAUGGAUACUCUGCCCUUCUGAAAAAAAACAAGCGUUUAAUAUGUAAAGACUGAUUCACACACAAAAACUGUGAGGCCCUGAACUCUGCUGGUAAACCUCCUUCUAGCACACUGACCCGUGUGCUGAGAGACCAUUAUUUUUCUAACAUCACAUCUUAAAAUUUUAUAUAGUACCUGUGUGAGUACUACAUAAACAGUUAUUUCAGUGCACUUCUGGACACAGUUUAUAUAUAUUAUAUUUUUGGGUGCAUUUGUAAAAUGACGAUAUUGCUGUGCUGUAGAUGUGAAUGUUGCUAUGCAGCUAAAGAGACAAGGGUAUUUGGGUAGAUGCAAUGUAGUGUUACAUGCUCGGAAACACACUAAUUUCUUAAAAAGCAUGUUGUUACUUUUUUUAAAAUGACUUUAGUCCUGUUUGUUAAAAAGAAAAAAACAACUGUGGAGUCCUACUUUAUUUGUUAAUAAUUCCCCUUCCUUGUGCCACAAAUGAUAGUUUUAGUCAUAAUCUUUCUCCUGUGGAAGGUCUCGGACCAAAGUUUACUCUUAUUUUGAUAGAUUCAGUUUCAAACCUUAUUGCCUUAAAACCAAGCAAAAUGUUCCACCAUAACUCUAGUGCUGCCACCUUGUAAAGGCUGAUGCUGGCAGAGCUUCUGCUCAGCUGCGUUUCCCUGUAAUAACGUACUUCUCGGGCUUUUGAGAACUAAAUUUGACUUGUUGAAUGAAAACGCAAAGUGCCUUUUAUAAAGCCUUAGUUUGUGAAUCACAUCGAGAGACUCCCGGUGAUUUUUCUAUAUUAUUCCAAAUGUCACAUGCAGGAAACCCCACAUGCUGCAGACAUGAGCUAUAGGUCACCAUGAUGAGUAUGAUCACAACUCUCAAUAGCAUAUCAAUAUAGUUUGACAAAGAGCAUAUAAUGCACAGUUUACACUAAGCUGGGAGAGCAACAGGUGGUUUAGAAUCUACAAGAUUUAAAUUCUCUUCAUGUUUCUGAGGUUUUAGGAGAGUUGUCCAUUUUUAGAUUGAAUUUGGUCAGUGCACAAUUCACAGUCAACCAUGAUAAUACACAUGGAAAAUGGCCACCAUGCAUUAAGUGUAAAUAUUUUAUGUUUGAUAUCAACUCUUCCUUGAUUCUUACAUGUAGACAUUUCAUCUGUCAUUUGUUUUCAACCUUGUACAUUUUUCCUUGCUGUCUUCCACAUUCUGAUGAAUUGUGUUUUUUUUAUCUCAAAAUUUACAAAAGGAACUCUGUUUCUUAAAAAUAUAAUCACAGUGAAAUGUGAUGUGCAGCUAUGAGCAUUUUGUUCACAUUGUCCAAACAGUAAAAAUAAUGUAAUGUUUUUUUUGUUUGUCCUAAUGUUGCGACUUUUGUUUGGAAAAUGUGUGGACUUGUGAAAAUACUGCCAGGGCUUUAAUGGUGCAAAAAAUAUUCUGAGACUGAGAAUAUUUGAUAAUAAAUGUUUUUAAAAAUA